UCCUCUUCAUUUACUAUCUUGAGGGCUACAAGUUUACAGUCAUACGUUACUCAUGAGGGUGACCCCACCAAAUUGUGCUUUCUGGCUCAGCGCUCAGAGGUGAACAGCAGGACAAGACACGCUGUGGACAUUCGGUAUUCUAAAUCCUUUAUCCUUAGGAUGGAAAGGUUACUCGGCCACACUUGGCUUUCAACUGGAGGCGAGUCCACAACAAGGGAGUUCUGCCAGCGCCUCGGCCUCCGGCCUGGCCAUCAGGUGCUGGACGUCGGCUGCGGGUCAGGAGGGUCGCCCUUCUUCAUGUCGCGGCUCUACGGGGUCCACGUGCACGGGGUCGACAUAUCCAGCAACAUGAUAGACCUUGCAGUGCAACGGCAGACUCACCUCCGACGUGCGCUGAGGAAAAGAGUGCACUUCGAACUAAGAGACAUCUUGGAUGCUGAUUAUGAUGCCAACAGCUAUGACGUCAUCUACAGUCGUAACUCCAUCUUCCAUAUUGAGAAGAAGGAAGAAUUAUACGCAAAAAUCUAUCGGUGGCUGAAGCCCGGCGGAAUCCUCUUCGUCACAGAUUACUUGGCGAAAUCCACGCCGCCCUCGGAAUCCUGCGCCGAGUUCUCCGCCAAGACAUGUUCGACCUUGGUGACGAUCAGCGCCUACGAGCGAGUUCUCGCCGGGGCGGGCUUCAGCGUGGAGUCACGUGACCUCGCUGACGACUUCUGCAGCAUUCACCAGAAGGAGCUCGACGCCUUCCUGUCAACGCGCGAGGCUUUCCUUGAAGAGUAUUCUCAGGUGGAGUUCGACGAAAUGGUCGCCCUGGCUACCCAUAAGAUCACGUUGGUCAAGGGAGGCCAAAUAACGUGGGCCUCUUUCUUCGCUCGCAAGUGAGAGUUUGCUGAAUGGCAAACCACUUAAAACGUGUUGCGUGAAAUGUAUGGAGAUGCUUACUGCAUGGUGAAGCUUUUAUUGCUGCUUUUAGCUAAGGCAACAGCCAAACAGAAGGUACCGCGCGCG